AAAUAAAAAAAAUUGCAGUGCCUGCCCUGGCAGCACACAUCUUUCUUCUCCUUUCUACUCAAAAAUGGAACCUAACGACAACCAAUUCAACUCCUACUUCCACCAUCACCAUCACCAACACCAACACCAACACCAGCAGCUCCACCAGCAACAGCAGAGCACAGCCACGACCACCAACGUUACUGGCCCGACAACAACCGCGUUGCCAACGAAUGGUUUGUUGUCGAACACGGAUGGGUCCCACAUACUGUACCCUCAUUCGGUUGCAUCUGCGGUGUCGUCGCAGCUGGAACCGGCGAAGAGGAAGAGAGGGAGACCGAGGAAGUACGGCACACCGGAACAAGCUCUCGCUGCGAAGAAAGCUGCUACGUCGUCGUCUCAGUCGUUCUCCGCUAGCCCCAGGGACAAGAAGCCGCCACAAUCUUCCUUCUCUUCCUCUCCUUACAGCACCACCACCACUUCCAAGAAAUCUCAUUCCUUUGCUAUAGGCAAUGCAGGACAAGGCUUCACUCCACAUGUCAUUGCUGUUGCUGCUGGUGAGGAUGUUGGCCAGAAAAUUAUGUUAUUUAUGCAACAAAGUAGGCGUGAGAUGUGCAUUUUGUCUGCAUCUGGUUCCAUCUCUAAUGCCUCUCUUCGUCAGCCAGCAACCUCAGGAGGCAACAUUACGUAUGAGGGUCGAUUUGAGAUUAUUUCACUAACUGGUUCCUAUGUCCGUAACGAACUUGGAGGCCGAACUGGUGGUCUCAGUGUAUGCCUAUCUAAUACUGAUGGUCAAAUCAUAGGUGGUGGAGUUGGUGGGCCCCUUAAAGCGGCUGGUCCAGUUCAGGUCAUCGUUGGUACAUUUUUUAUUGACACCAAGAAGGAUAGUGGUGCUGGUGUAAAAGGUGAUGCCUCUGCCAGCAAGUUGCCAUCGCCAGUUGGCGAAUCACCAUCGAGUUUAGGUUUCCGCCAAACAGUUGACUCUUCCAGCGGGAAUCCAAUCCGGGGCAAUGAUGAGCAUCAAGAUAUAGGGGGAAGUCAUUUCAUGAUUCAGCAACUUGGUUUGCAUGUGACGCCUCCCCGGUCCACAGACUGGGGGAGUCAUCAGGAUUCAAGAAAUGCUGGCUUUGAGCUAACAGGAAGAACAGGUCAUGGGGCACACCAUUCUCCUGAGAAUGGGGGCUAUGAGCAAAUUCCUGAUUGAGAAUUUGAGAGAUGGCUUUUGGGUUUGAUAGCAACAAUGUGUGGUAGACAGAUGUAUGAUAUCUCUACAUACCAGCAGUUUUUGUUACGUGAUCCCGUUUAUAGUAUGCAUCAUCCAUUAAGGGUCGUGGCUUCUGAAAAUUAUUACUCAUUGUUGUCCUUGAAAUAUUGUUCUGCCUCAUUUACUCAUGAUGUAUUUAAAAAUCAGAAUUGCUGGCUAUUACCUCUUCAUUUUUGUUGGUUUUCCUAUGCCAGGAUAAAUAAGGUAGAUUAUGCUUCUUAGAUUAGCUUCUGGGCUAUGUUUUCCUUCCAUUUUCGAGGUGCAGUCUUAAUAUUGUUUAAAGUUCUGUCGAGCAUAGAUUAUUAUUGUUCUUCAUUUAAUAAGCCUU